AUGUACAGCGAUGGUGAGCGUAAGACUCUCUCAGAACUCCAGCGUGAAGCUGAGAUGACCCGACUUCAGAUUUCAGAAGCGAUUUCUCAACUUGAGGAGAUAAAAAAAGCCACCGCAAAAACGCAAUUUUCUAUUGAUCAAAUGUUUCGGAUCUUUACGCCUGAGGCAAAAACAGAAGAAGAAAAAAAGAACCUUAUUGAUGUUCUCAUGACCAAUUCCCCUGAGGUUCAUAUCGAAUGCGUUCCCUUGUUGCCCAUAGCAAUUGCCAUUGCCAAUGGUCGUCUCACAAAUGCACGUAGCAUUUUUGCUGCUAACAGCCCCUUUAUUAAUGAUGAAUGCCUUAUUUUCUUCACACAUGUUCUUCGUUUUUCACCCCAGGCAACUCAGAUCGAUUAUGUUGAUAUAAGUGGCACGGUGGUGACAGAAAAGGGUAUCUGUUUUAUUCUUGAAAUGAUGUAUGAACGUGAUAGUACUUUUACAUUGGUUGCUAAGAAUGUGUCCAUUCCGUUGGGUGCAGCUUCUGCAGAAUACUGCAGUAGAUAUAUUACUGCACUAAGCGCAGUUAAAAGUAAGAAGACGUGUCAACUUGUUUUGGAUUAA